GCCCCGCUCCCGGAGCACUGCGCAUGCGCAAAACGGGCAGCCUUGGGAGCAAGUUUGGGUGAAGGAAUCAGGGAUAGUGUCGCUCCGCACCGGGAGGGAGACACCGCACACGGGCUCGAGUCCGUGGCGGGGGGGGUUGGCUGCUACAGCCAGCUUUGCGCGUUAUCACCUCAGCAAGACAAGAAAAACAACGUGGAAACACUAGGGAGGAAAAACGUUUUAAGGAUAUAUUAUCUGGAGAAAACAUCUCUUCUUUCUCUCACCCUGCGCGGCCCCCUCCCUCCUUUAAGACCCCUAAGAGAACCAGCACCCAAAAAAAAAACCGUCUAGACGAUAUUUACUACGCGAUGCACCUUCAUGAUCCUCAGAACAAUCGACUAGGGUUAUUUUUCUUAUGACCGCCGUUACUGGACUUCAACCUGUGAAGAUUACGGACACUGUUUGAAGUGUUGACACAGUUUAGGUUCUCGACUGAGAGUAGUAAUCUCUCUUUUUUUAAGUAACCGUAACUAGUCUGUUAACGACUAACGCGCCUGUUUUUUCUGUUUCCUGCGCAUUUAUCUCCGUAUUCUUGUUGCUCCUGUCCGUGUUGUAAGACAAAGGUCUGACAGCAGACCGCUACAGAUUACUGAACGAUGACGAGACGUGAAUUAAGACGUGCAGAAUAAUUAUCCAGUUCACCGACGGACACUGAUUUAAUAGCGUUUUUACAAACAACGGGAUUAAAUCCAGUCUAAUAGGGAAGUUUCGCAUCACUUCAAGCCGAAGCUUUAUUAUAUUCAUUCCUCAGUUCCUUCAAAGGUAAGAAACUCUGAGCUGCACCCAUGCUCUCAUUAGAUGAGCCACUGGACCUGAAGCUGCCCAGAGGGCACAUCAAUGGGCAAAGCAGAGGCUACAAGUCACCACCCAAUCUUACUUCCUCUCAGAUCCAUGCCAAGAGGAUUGGGCAUCUUCCAAUUGCUGAUGAUGGGACAGCAGAUAUUGUUCCAGCCUCCCCUGCCUCCACCCAAAUAGGUGUAUCUGUGGUGUGCCAGGAGAAGCCUGAACUCUCCACCCCUUCUGCAGUGGAUCUUAGUAUGUCUCCAUCCUCUCAUCACACACCCUGCUCCCCUGAGCUCACUGGAAAUGGCUCCUCUCAUUUGUUCUCAGGGGACUCUGCUCACAUCCGUUAUGUUGAGGGAGGGGCCCCUUCACAAGCUUUUCAGUUCUUUUUGCCAAUUGGAGGAGGAGGGAUCCAUAUGCCAUCCUCAAUAUUUAUUGGCCAGCACAGGGACAAGAGGGCCUCCCCUGAACUUUCAGCAGAUGAACAGCUGUCCUGUCGAUGGAAGAAGUGCCAACUGCUUUUUGACUCCUUGCAAGAUUUAGUGGACCAUGUAAAUGAUUUUCAUGUAAAGCCUGAGAGAGAUUCUGGGUAUUGCUGCCAUUGGGAGGGCUGUGCACGCAAAGGACGGGGCUUCAAUGCAAGAUACAAAAUGUUAAUCCACAUUCGUACACACACCAAUGAGAAGCCACACCGCUGCCCUACUUGUAACAAAAGCUUUUCACGUCUGGAAAACCUCAAGAUCCACAAUCGUUCACACACAGGUGAGAAACCAUACAUAUGUCCUUAUGAAGGCUGUAAUAAGCGUUAUUCAAACUCCAGUGACCGCUUCAAGCACACCCGUACUCACUAUGUGGAUAAGCCGUACUAUUGCAAGAUGUCUGGCUGUUUGAAGCGUUACACGGACCCGAGCUCUCUAAGAAAGCACAUCAAGGCACAUGGGCAUUUCGUGGCUUCACAGGAGCAGCAGACAAGCCCAGGAGGGGGAGUCGAAAGACGAGGUGGGGGCAUGGGCUCACCUGUGCUGAAGCCAUCUCACAUUACAGGGAAAGAGUCUGAGCUGAGCUAUGCCCAUAUCAUUUUGCCAAAUGCAACAGCUGCUCUCCUUGGUACCUCUCUCUCCUUGUCACCUUUGAGUCCUAGGCCCCUGGAUCUGAGCAUGCUGGGAAGUCCCAGUUCACCUGUCCUGUCCUUUAAUGGUCUGGCCAAGUCACCACUGCUACCCACUGCCUUCUCGACCUCAGCGCUUGGCCUGCCUGUGGUGCCUGUGUUGUGCUCAGAUGGCAGAGGACAAGCAACAGGAGGUUCUAGAGUAAUUGAGCACGAGGAAGAAGGCACUAGGAACAUCCUCAACCUCUCCACAGGAGAGUCUUGGGUGGUCAUACCUUCAGGCUCUUUUAUGUUGAAGCCAGCUGUGGUCAACUGAGAAGGAUACACCAAUUAUUCCAGUGGAAAGGAAGCGGGAAAGGGAUAGCAUGGGAUCAAAGAUCAAGGGGUUAAUUUUCACUGAAGCAUCAUAUCCACCCAAUAAUUUCCAACAUUGUCAUUUUAGUUUUGUUAUCAAGCCUAUGUUUCCACAGAGGUAACACAUUUUUAGAAACUAAAGGUUUUCAUAGCUAUUAUGUAUGUUAGUCCCAUUACUAUCAUUUAAACCAUUACACAAAUCAGUGUGCUGAACUUGCCAUAGUCAGGCCACAAAAAAACUAUAAAAAUGCACUGCUGCAUUUUGUCAUGCACCAGCCCCUAAAUAACAGGUAACUAGUUAGAUUUUGAGGUUAAACCUGUGGGAACAUAAUGUAUAAUUUUAAUUUCAGACAGAAAUCCCUACUAUUUUCUACAAAACACUGGUUUUAAAAUUUACAGUUAACAUUUUAUUUACACUUUUCCUUUUGAGAAUAACAGCACAGAGUCUCUUUUUUUUUUUUUUUUUUUUUAAGGAAGGUGCCAGUAAUUCAGAAAGGCACUGCAAAACAAAAUUCGCUGUGAUUGUUGUUUGUCUGAAGCAGGUUUUUUAAAUCAUGGAUGUAAGGGUCUUUCUGUAAACCUUGUGUCUAGGACAUUUUUUUACAGCAAGCUCCAUACCAGUGGUUCCACCGAGAAAUAUCUUCUCUGGAGACCGUACAGUUUAAAACAAGCAAACUGCCUUGGUGGUUAUGAUGCCUGGCCUAUUAGAAAAUGCCAUGUGCACAGAUAUAUAGAAAAGUGCAUUUGCAGUAACUGGAGCAACAUGAAUAUUUUCUUUGUUAUUUGAGCUAAAAACAUUACACCAUUUUUACACUGUUCACUUUCUUUGGUUCCCAGAAAAGGUUUUAUGUCCAUUUCAAAAUACAGUAUUUACAAUGUUUUUGUCAGAUUUUCAUAGUCAUUUCAAAUCUGUGUUGGAAGGAUCAUCCAGUUGAUCUAUUUCUGGUAUUUGUGUCCCUGCCUAUUGAAGUAGAUUAACUUUUCUUCAACGUUUUCCUUCAAGAACUAAUCUGAAGAGUCUUGCAGUAGAACUGUAUAUCGUACAAACAGAGAUGAGAUAAUAUCAGUGGCCUAAGAACCAUCAAAGACACUAACUCUUAGUGUUCCUGCUAUUUUUGGUUUUUAUUUACAAACUGGUGUCUUAAGAAUCUAUAUAUGUGUCUGAGUAAGCACUUAAUUAUUUCUAUAUAUUUAUAUGCAACAGGACGCCAGUGUGUGAAGCACACUAAGUACACCAACUUUUGAAAUGAAUCUUAGUUUGAUCACUCUUUGGUGAACUGUAGAACUCCUUUGAGGGCUUUUUUAUGAUGCAUGUACUUUUAUUUAGGCAACAACGAUUCAGUCAGCAUUGGCAAAGGAGCUUGAUGGUAGUUUAAUUAAUGUUUAUUUAGUUCAGAGGACAAUCAGAGCAUUUUAUAUGGCUGUUUUAGCCUUACAGAGAUACCAUUCAUUUACCCACAGACCAACAAACCUCUAAUGAACACUGCUAUGCUGUCUGGGUAACUGCUAGUCUAUUACGUUGAAUAGAGACUUCAGGUUCAUCUGCCCUCUCAGAAACCACCAACCAGCACUGUUCAGUCAGUUUCAAACUAGGCAAGUUUGAAUCUGGCUUAAAUUAAAUGGUAACAGACACAAGACUCUGCAAUGGGUUUUAAGAUUAACAAAGAUGUUAUAUAUUGCCUGUUAUAUAUUGUUAUAUAGUUCUACCUAAGUGUAGAUUACUGUGGCACUAAUGCAUUUGUUGCACUAAUGCCACCAGUUGGACAUUUGUUUUAACAACCUCACACAUAGUAUGCUAGCACAGCAUAGCACUGAUACAUUUUCUUUAAAUGACAGCAAAUGUCAUGAAAAUGGCCAUACUGUGCAUUACACAAGCCACUUGCAGGCAAACAAAAACUGCUGUGUGGUGCAGGCCUCUGAGUCAAAUGUGAUGCUGACACAAUGAUGACUCUUGCAGGCAAACACAGUGCAUGAAAAUGAAUAUUUCAUUACAGCUCAAAAAUAACAUUCCUUUUCUACAAAAGAGUGGCUCUUCUGUUUACACAUACUUAUAAUCUAAAUUUAAGAGCUAUUUCUUUAAAAAAAACAACAACAAACAAACAAACAAAAAAAAACAAAAGAUUAUUAGUCUUUGGUACCAGGUCUUUUCAUCUGAAAUGAGAUGUUAAAAAGUCUCUUCAGGGUGACUAUUCCCUUUUAUGACAGAACUCUUUAGAGCAUUCCUUAAAACCCAGUAUUUGCCUGCAUAGGAUGCUUUCAUCAGUUUUAAUAAGAAAUGAAUAACUAUUACAAUUAAAACUUUUAAAUCUUGUAAAUGUAUGUUUAUUUAUGAUCCCUGCCCCACCUCCAUGUUUAAAUCCUAUAAUUCCACAAUGCUACCUUAUGCUACAUUUGAGAACACUUGAGAAAACACUUUGAUAAUAUGGCUAUUUUGUUUGUUAUAAUGUUUUGACGAGACAUUUCUUUGGAUGUUGAUGUUUCUUUAUCUCCUUGUCUCUGCUAGUGCUGCUCUAAACUGAGAUUUCUCCCACAGAGCAUUGAGGAUGGAGGAAUGAAAAGUGAGGUUGGUCAAAGGGAUGGACUGUUUCUUAAAAAUGAACCACUUAACUGUCUCAGAUAAUCAUUCCAGGAAGUUUUCACAUCUUUUAGUGUGUUCCUUACACAGAUUGUGUAUCAGAUAUCUGGAAUAUAUACAAUAUAUACACAAUCUAUAUGUGCCAGUCCAAACCCAUACAGACUGAAAAUUCAGCCUUAAAGUAACUGAACCCAGGACCAAACUGAGGACCCUAGAGCUCAGUUGAGGUGGAAAUUCUAUUUAUUGCAGGACACAGUAUAUUACAAAUGAGAGGCAACUCAUAAUCCCAUAGACAAGACUUUAGACAUUUUAGCUCCAAGCAAUUUGUGCAGGUUUAAAACUCUGUUAUGGACCUUUACGGGUGUUUUACCUUUUCUCCCCUCCACCCUCACUUGCUCUUCUGCUCUUUUGAGAAAGAUCAUGAUGACACAGACCCUUCAGGGCCUACAUUGUUUAAAUAUCAGAUAAGCUGUUAGACCCAUUAACCCUUUGAGCACCCUAGUGAAGUGUGUUCAUUACUCAGUUACUUUAAGAGAAACAUAAGCAAUAAUUUUAAUGGUUGGGACAGUUUACUGGUUUGGCACUGACUAUAGAAAUCCUUGAUCCAGUAACUACAUUGGAAACAAGGGCAAGUAUACGAUACAAAAAGCACUAUUUCACUUUGGUAAAUUAGUCAUUUGAAAAAAUAUGAAACAGACAUUCUUUCCCUCUUAAAUAUUAAACAAAAUAAAGUGCCACAGUAGUGCCCAAAGGGUUAAUGCAAGACUAUGGCCAGGAAAGGCCAGUAUUUGUUUAUUUUCUUUUUGCACAUUGAAAUAUAUUAUCAGUAUUUUAAUUUUUUCCAAGUGCCUUUUAUUAUAGGGAACAUGUAUGUGUGUGUGUGUGUGUGUGUGUAUAUAUAUAUAUAUAAAAUAUGUUUUUUCCUGGCAUUGUGUUCUUACAAUGAACAUGCAAAACAUCUUCAAGUGGUACAACACAAUUGUGUGGUCCUGUUUUAGAGGAAAUUUAUUACAAUAUUAAUUUUGAUGUCAUUCAAAAUGAGUAAACAAUACAGGUUUAAUAAAUUUGAAUUUGAUAUUAA